AAUCAGGAACGUGUGCGCACACCUGCAAUUGAAAACCGGGAGAUUUUUUUUCUCAAAUUUAGAUUUAAUUAUAAGUCAAAUUUUAUAUAAUAAUAAAUUGAAAAAAUAUUAUUAUUUAUUGAAAAUGGUCGAAAGGCAGCAGAAACGUGUUGAGGAGGAAAUAACGAAACUCGUUGAGGAUAUUGACAAGAAUUUUCUUCGAAAAAUGCAGGCAGAUAUGCACAGAUGUGCCGCAACUUGUUACGACAAUGAAAGUUACAGUGUUCAUAGAGCUGCAAAUUGCGUGGAAAAUUGCACUUCAUCAUUAAAUAAAGCUCAACAUUUCAUUUCCAGCGAAAUUGAAAGAGUUCAGAAUCGUCUGCAAAGAUGCGUAAUGGAUUGUAAUGACAAAAUUCGCGACAAAAUGGGUCCAUCGCCAUCGCAAAGUGUCGCUGAUCGAUAUACCAGUGAAUUUGAAAAUUGCGCAACUUCCUGUGUUGAUUCAUAUUGCGAAAUGUUGCCGUCCGUUGAGAAAACAAUCAGAAAUUCCCUCUCGAGAGGAGAAUUUAAUAAUUUACCAUCGUAAAUAAUUGUGUUUUUAUUGUUUUUUUGUUUCCAAUUUUUUUAGAGUUUUAGUUUGAAAAACAAAAUAUUGUUGACUAUAUAAUAGACAUUUUUUUUCUCUUCCAGCAAGAAAAAAAACAAGAC